GCACAAUAUUAUGUCAUAUGCGUGAAAAUUGGACUGGCAAACUCAAGUUUAGGAAUUUGAUAGAUUUGCUGUAGCGUCAAAUUUGUUUGGUACACAGUUUAAUAGUCGCUAUGUACAAUAUGUACAUACAACGAUUUACUGUCAUGAUAUGCCAUAUUUAUCGUCAAAACAUUUUGAUUUGCAGUCGUUUUGGCGCUAGUGUGUACGUGGUGUGCUGAGAUUUGGUUGUGAUUGUUUAGUUCCGAAUUCGGCCGCGCGCCGGGUUAUGUUGGUAUUUAGCGCGCAUGCGUUAGGGCAUGCGCCGGGGCAGUGGCGCGCGCGCUCCGCUACUGGGGACAUCUGGCGGGGAAAAUAUGAUACGUUUAGUGAAAAGUGGAUUGUAACUUAUUGUUUAGUGCAAAUUAUCAGUUUAGUGAAAAAUAAUUAGAAUUAACGCCAUGGAAACGAUAUGCUGAAUUCUGUGAUACUAGUGUUAGUGCGAUAGACUGUAAACAUGACAGCAAAGGAUAUCAAAGAAAAGGUAAAAGAGCCUACAGAAGGCUUCAACCUGGACGGCAUCCUGUGUGAACUGGGCAGCUUUGGCAAGUACCAGCUGCUGCUGCUGCUGCUGCUCUCCUUCAGAGACUCUUUCCUGGCCAUGUGCAACUUCAACUACGUAUUCGCGGCUGCUGAGGUUCCUUACAGAUGUGCAGUACCCGAAUGCGACUCAAUAGACCCAAGCUUCAACGCGUCCUGGACGGAAUUCGCGCUACAAAACACAACCAAUACGUGCUACCGAGCGGCACGGUACGCGCUCAACUCAUCCAGCCAGCGAUGGAACGCGUCCAACUCGUGUAGCCCGGACUACUUCAGUUCUAGAGAUACGGUGGCGUGUGAGCGCGUUGUGUAUGAAAAUUACAACAGUGUUGCGGCUGAGUUCGACCUGGGCUGCGAGCCGUGGAAGCGCACGAUGAUCGGCACCGUCCACAACAUUGGGCUCAUCAUCUCCUUCAUACUUUACGGCUUCGUUUCUGACCGGUACGGUCGCAAAGUCAUCAUCGUCGGCACGCCUAUUCUUGUGGGUAUCGUAGGCUUGAUCAAGUCUUUCUCCGUCAACUACUGGAUGCUGCUGGCUCUUGAGUUUAUUGAGACCGCGUUUGGAUACGGAAACGCCUCUAUGGUGCUCUCAUUAGAAGCCGUCAGCCAAAACGGCCGCGUCGCCUUCUCCUGCAUCUGGGACAUCUUCACCAACAUCGGAACAGCUUUCUUCGGUCUCAUCGCCUGGAAGGUUCCCUACUGGAGGCACCUCCUGAGAGCCAUAUACGCACCCCUGCUGGUUGUGGUGUUCUACAUCUUCUUGAUAGAUGAGGGUGUACGCUGGCUACUGGCUCAUAAUAAGAAUGAUGAAGCUGUGAGGGUGCUGAACAAAGUAGCGAAGAUAAAUAAUGUAGAACUCUCUAAUAAGGCGAAGCAGAUGAUGAAGUCAAUUGAACAGACUAAGAGUGAAGAGAACAACAACGCGCCCUCUUGCUCAACCAAGCACCUCCUUUCCGUUCUCCGCUCCCGCACCAUCCUCCUCCGCCUAACGCUCAUCUCCGCCUGUUUUAUCUGCCUCUCCUUCGUGUACACUAGCGCCAUCAUCUACUCGACGGGCAUAUUUGGCAACAAAUACUUGAACUACUCCGCACUGCAGUUGGUUGCGGUGCCCACGCGCAUUAUUACUGCGCUAACGCUGAACCGCUUUGGACGGAAAGCGCCUAUUUGUGUGGCGUACUGUCUUGCGGGUGUUUGCUUCAUUUCCUCAGCGUUUGUGCCAAGCUCACUCAGCUGGCUGUCCGUAGUCCUCUACUUGAUCGGCAAGAUGUGCAACAGCUAUGGCAUGUUCUCUCUCUACGUCGUCAGUAUAGAGAUCUUCCCUACCACCGUGAGGAACUCGCUAGCCAACGUGGCGAACACUGUGGGACGCAUCGGGGCCAUACUGGCACCACAAGUUCCUCUGCUGGAGCAAUACAUGCACAGCCUGCCCAGCGUAGUGAUAGGCCUGGUAGCCUUCAUACCUGGUCUGCUAGCUCUGCUACUACCAGAAACCAGCCGGUCGCCGCUGCCCGACGACAUUCAGCAGGCUGAGAAGCUGGACCGGACUGAAGAGGACGCUAAAGUUUGAGUGUGGGACAGUGGAACGGACACAGUAGACAGUCGAGACGCUUGAGCUUGACCUUAUUGCCCAAUUUUGAAUUUGUGAUAUAUCUGGGUGACAUAAAAGAUGGUCGCUAGGUGCAUAAAUCUGGAGUUAUAUCAUAUAGUUAUUUAAUUAUACGUACGGAUGUAUAGUAAGCUUGUGGUUCCAAAUCCGGCACUUUUAGCGGUAAUGAUUUGAAGUAAAUUAUAUGUAUUGACCGU